AUGAAGGAGGAGAACUUUCUUCGUCGCAGGUUCUCCCUCUGUCCGGCCUCGUCUACCCCUCAGAAGGUCGAUCCUCGGAAGCUGACACGCAAUCUGUUCUUCGGGGCCGACAAUGACAUCUACCCACUCAGCCCAGGAAAAGAUGUGGAAGGAAACAGCCCGUCGGCGCUGAAGGAUGAGACACCACAGACUCCAAAUUCCAUUAGUAAGGUACUGCCUAUCGAAUAUAAGCUUUGCAAUGGAUCUGACAAAGAGUGUGUGUCUCCCACAGCCAAAUUCACGAAGAAGGAAACACUGAAGGUACAAAAAAAAAAUUACAGACAGGAGAAGAAAAGAGCUACCAAGCAACUCUUCAGUGCUCUAAAGGAUCCCAGUGUAGUGAUCACAGCAGACUGGCUGAAGAUUCGUGGGACUCUGAAAAGUUGGACCAAGCUGUGGUGUGUUCUGAAACCAGGAGUGCUGCUGAUUUAUAAGACGCCAAAGAUUGGACAGUGGGUUGGGACAAUCUUGCUCCAUUCUUGUGAGCUGAUUGAGAGACCUUCCAAAAAGGACGGCUUCUGUUUUAAACUUUUUCAUCCUUUGGAUCAAUCAAUCUGGGCUGUAAAGGGCCCAAAGGGAGAAAAUGUUGGUUCGAUCACUCAGCCUCUUCCCAGCAGCUACUUAAUUUUCAGAGCAGCCUCCGAAUCGGAUGGCCGAUGCUGGCUGGAUGCUUUGGAACUUGCCCUGCGCUGCUCCAGCCUCUUCCGGCUCAGUGCCUCCAAGCAGGGAAAGGAUGGAGAAAUGAACGGCUCGAGUGAUUCUGCGCAUGUGGGGCUCAACCACCUCUUGCACACAAGCACUAUCUCAGACCAGGAGUUCUUCCAUUUGAAUGAAUCAGCCCUGGAGAACCACCACCAUUUGGAAAAUGAUGCUUUUUCGGACAAGUCCGAGAGAGACAACAUAGAAGAGUCGGAGAACGAAAUGCAUGAGAACAGCCGGAAGACAAAUGAGAGUGAGAGCGAUCAGUCAGAAAUCCAUGGAGAGGUCUCUCCGGGAAGUAAAGGGACGACUUAUAUUGAACAGAUCUAUGAGGAAUUUGGGGAGACAGGUGAAUCGUCUCAAACAGAAACCGUCUCUGAGGAGAACAAGAGCCUGCCACGCUCGUUCCUUAACAAACUCUCUGAUUACUACUACCACGCUGACCUGCUUUCCCAGGCUGUCCUUGAAGAUGAUCCAUACAGUCGAAUGAAGCAAGUUUUGAGGUGGUACCUGUCCGGCUUCUAUAAGAAGCCAAAGGGAAUAAAAAAGCCAUACAACCCUAUUCUGGGAGAGACGUUUCGCUGCUGUUGGUUUCACCCUCAGACGAACAGUCACACAUUUUACAUAGCGGAACAGGUCUCCCAUCAUCCGCCAGUGUCAGCUUUUCAUGUCAGCAAUAGGAAGGACGGAUUCUGCAUUACCGGCAGCAUUCUAGCGAGGUCCAAGUUUUAUGGUAACUCACUUUCUGCACUGUUGGAUGGGAAAGCAAAGCUUAUGUUUCUAAACAGGGGGGAAGAUUAUAUAAUUACCAUGCCAUACGCCCACUGUAAAGGACUUUUAUAUGGUACCAUGACAAUGGAGCUUGGAGGGAAAGUUACCAUCGACUGUGAGAAAACUAACCACAGGGCUGAGCUGGAAUUCAAGCUAAAGCCCUUCUUCGGUGGCAGUGCAAGCAUUAAUCAAAUCUCUGGGAAGAUUAAAUCAGGAGAAGAAGUGCUAGCAAGUCUCAGCGGACACUGGGAUGGGGAAGUGCAUAUAAAUGAGUUGAAAAAUGGGAAUGCGGAAAUGUUCUGGAACCCGACCAGUGAAGUACGAAGGCAGAGACUGAAGCGCCAUAUUGUGCUGUUUGAGGAGCAGACAGACUUUGAGUCGGAGAGGCUUUGGCAGCACGUUACUAGUGCAAUAAACAAAGGCGAUCAACACAAGGCAACGCAGGAAAAAUUUGUGCUGGAAGAGGAGCAGAGGAAUGCUGCCCGGGAGCGGAGAGAGAGCGGCACAGAGUGGAAACCACUGCUCUUCAGGCACGACGCCACGACUAAUGAAUGGCGCUACAAAUAUGAGGAUUUAAGACCUUGGGAUCCUUUGAACGACAUUGCCCAAUUUGAGAAGAAUGGGAUACUUCAGACCAUGGAAAGACACUUAUCCACAAGGAUGUCAAACCACAAAACAACGUGCAUAAACAAUCAAAUUACACGGCACAAGAGGUCUGCCAAAGACUGCAGGCGCCGCAAAACCAGCGAUCAGCCGUCCAACCACAGCCAGAACACAGAGAGCAGCUGUUCAACGCCAGAGUCGGUGCAGGAGCUCUCAGAUGAUGAUGGCAAAGAUGGUGAUGCAAAACGUAAUGUCCUUCAAUGCUUUGCUGCAGGGUUUGAAAGCCUGUGCGCUCAGUGUGGGAAAGAAAUGAAUCACCUUAAGGAAAUUCAUUCAGCCGUCCUGUCCCUACAGAGAGCCCAACAGGACAUACACCGAAACCUCAGCGCUCUGAACAAAAAGUCCUUCCACAGGAAGGUCUCUUCUGAAAGCUUCCUCCUGGACUCUCGCUGUUGGUUUCUUCUCUGCAUCUUUCUUACGUGUCAACUAUUCAUUAAUUAUGUCUUCAAAUAA